AUGAGUAUGCAUAAGAAUAGAAUGGCUACUCUGCAAGAGCUUAUGAAUUUCGAAAAUGUUGAUGUGGAGUCGUCUCGAAAAGAAAUGGAACGACAUUCAAGUGGGCCGUCAAAAAUCUUAUUCAGUCGAACGACUCGAGAGCUUCAAUGCGUACCGCGAAGCCACUUCUCCGAUCUUGCUGGAUUGUCCGCCGCUCCGCACUUUCAGCUUCACGACCUUUAUACCGGUCUUGGAGUUUCUAGCAACGCUGGAUUCCCUCUCCCAUUUGCUGAACAAGUAGGGAGCAUGUUGCUUGCUAUCUGUUUUCCAAUCGUUCUUGUGCUUGUGUUGGGCAAGUCACCAUUCACAAAGGAAUCAAAUUGUCGGCCAUACUUUCUACGAUUUCAACGAUUCCAGUACGCAUACUUUGCUCUCGCUGUUAUAUAUCCUUUCUACAAAGCACUUUAUGAUGUUAUUCCUCUAACGUAUCGUAAUUUUACUGUAAUCAUGCUGCCGAUAUGGAAAUUCGGGGCUAAAUAUCUUGUGAUUAGUGCCACACGUGAAUUGGAGGACAUCAUGCCGCAAACUCUAAGUUUUACUGUGGAUCUGUACAGCUCGCUUUUCAUGUCUGUUUGCAUGUCAAGUGCUGGAUCAUUGCUUUUAUCUACAUCCUUCAUCGCUGCCGACUUGGGACUUACAUUACUGGAAUUUCGCGAACUACGAUACAAUGCAUUUAUCGUAGUGCAAUUACUUAAUCAACAGAGUACGUCUCAAGACUCUACGCAAACUGCCUUACCGACUGAAUCGCCAGAUUUACUCGCAAUGAUUCUUUCGGUGACGCGAGAUCCCUACGCUUACAAUAUACGUUCAAUGCGAGGUGUGCGAUUAAAUGCAUGUCUUCCACAUCCACUUCCAGAAGACUGUUUCAAGCAACUUCAAAUUCUUGCAGCAUCAGGAUUAUACUGUCAAAACAUUACAACCAAAUCACAAUUAUCUCGCCAACGUAAUCUCAUGUCUCGCUUUUUUCAUGCAACUUCGGUUCAACCGAUUGCAUCUGAUCUCGUAAAUGUUUCAGCAAGACAACGAUCACAAAAAGUCGCUCAUUAUCCCGAGAUCCCUGAUUUGAAUUCAAGGAAUGGUAAACAAUCGGAACAACUUGUUUCCCAAGGACUUCAAUUAUUAUUUUAUUCUGAAUAUUUGGCUCUAGUGGAAUACAUUGAAUGUGUUGUUCCCAUCGUUUAUGUCCUUUACAAGUCAGUACUUGAAAUGCUUCCAAAUGUCGUUUACUAUCCUGGUGGUGCUGGCAAGUGGGGUACCUUUGCAAUCUUAAACAUUUUAAUCUUUGCUUCACUGGAAAUUGGAUCAUUUCUUUUUUUGAAUCAUUUUAUACAGCGCGAGUUUAAAGUUUCUCCUAUGUACCAAGUCGCUUUCGUAUUUGAAACGCAUAAAACCCAAGUCCAGUCAAUGAUGUUUCUGUCAUUGGUUGUUGUUUUAUCGUACGAGCUCUCUCAUAAUGGUGUCGACUUCACGUUUCAAUUCGAUUGGAUCCGAAAUAGUUUAAGCUUUGAUAUUUCGGAUCCAAUCUAG